CCUUAGAGCGCAGGUUCCGUGCCCAAUGUUCGCGGUUUUAAAAUGGUCACACGCGAGUGAUGAAAUGAAGCGAUCUUAAAAUUUUCGCAUCAAAUAAACUUUGAAAACUAUUUAUAAAAUUGUCUUGUUGUAUCGUGUAAAUUCAAAAAUCAGUAACUCAUUAAAUGUAACUCAUUGGUCUAACCCGCCAGGGUUUUUCGAAAUUGCCUUGGUCGAGAAUUAAAAUUCGUCGUAGAAAACGUAACCCACUGCACUACAUAACCCCAAAACGCCCGGUAAAAACGGCUUUUUUCUUCCAAUGAAUUUUCCUUGACAUUACGAUUUCGGAAUUUCGUUCGAGACAUGAAGGAACUUGAAGAUUCAAAAUGCGAGGUUCGCAAAACACUAGAUCUACAGUUUUCAAUUUCGGACCGCUUGAACGCUUCUCUAGAGGAACAAGGCGGAUCUCCAUUGGGAUCACCAGGUUCUAACCCUCGUACAAAACCUCUAGGCAAUUUUUUUGCAGAUGGUACUUACGCUUGGCUCAGUUGUGGCCCUAGACUUGUUGUGAUAAAUGUAAAAACAGGUGUAAGUAUCAGUUCUUGGACAUUCCGAGAAAAAGUAUCGUGCGUAUCUGCGUUUCCUGCUGAACCUGGGAAAAUACCACUACUUCUUGUUGGGUUGGACAAUAGAGCAAGUAGAGUGCGAGAGUCCUAUGGACUUAUUUGCAUCUUCGAUUGUGCAACAUCACAGGUUCUUAGAGCAAUUAGGAUGCCAGCUGGCGUUGAACAGGCAUGCAUUGUUUCUGGUGGUGCAGAAUGGGAGGAUUUCGACGACAAGAAAAUUGACAACUUACUGGGUGACAGUAACGGAAUAGUUUGCGUUGCCCUGCGUAAUCUCAAUCAUUUGAUCAUUGAUUUGAGACGAACAUCUUGGGACUAUCCACAAGUAACAUCUUUCGUUGAUGAGUCGCGUCCGGCAAAUUUGGACUUUACCCAUCGUGGUGAAACGAAAUCGACGAGUCACAAGUACAGUAGAGAGAAACAUGCAGCGUUUAAUCUCAUGAAUAGUCGUCUCGAACAGUACAUAGGGUUUAGUCGUGAGGAAUUCGAGACAUCGACAAUGUACGAAGAAUCGUUGACCUCGUCGUUGAUAUGUUCGCGGAAAAUCGGUUGCUUGGUAUCCGGAUGCUUGGGUAGAAUAAUAAUAUGGCAAACCGACGGUGAUUUAAAAUGGAUAAGUAGUGCCUUGGAUGAAAGUUUGUCGAUAACGCAUUUGGCGCUCCUCGAGCCCACGGACGACCCACGACCAUUUUGUUAUCUAUGGUCGGCACACCAGGAAGAAACCAGCCGUGCGGCACCGAUUUUGAGAAUGUACGCAAUGCUAUUCGAGCGUAAAUACACGGACAAGGGUGCAAAUUCGUAUUUCAAUCUCGAGGGAGAUCCCAGUGUGAAAUUUGAGCUCGAGCUGGAUGAAAAAGACAGAAUAACGAGCUUGUGUCCGGUGAUGCGAGACAGUAAUUCUGAACAUACAGAAUCCACGUUUCGACGAGGGGGGGAGGACAGUAUUCUGUUGGUGAGCAUGGAAACACGUACAAUUUUGUUCGACUUGAAUCAAUGGUACAAGGAACAAAUGCCACAUACGAUAAGCGAGUGUAAUAAUCCGAACGCCAUUCUCGCUAACUAUCGUACGAGGCCGGAUCUUCAUUGUACGACGGACGAGACGAUUGUUGGUUGUGCCUACGUGCCCGAAACGUUAAAGGAAUUUCCGAGCAACGGUCCAGCGCCGGCGGAGGAACUCUUCUUCCCGAAUUCAUUGGCUCUCGAAUGGAUAGAUUUGAGCACGUCACAAUUGACAUUCUGGGCGACGAGAGGCUUGCAGUGUGAAUUAUUGCGAGAAAUGUCAAUGUCAGGACCCGUGGCAUUGAUUGAACCAACGGAAACUUUCAAUCGUUGUGUCGCAGCUGGUCUUGUAUCAACGAAUACCGAAUUUUCGUCAAAUAGUGAUAAAGACUUUCAACGGGAGACUCUCCUCUCGCUCUGUCUCGAGCAACGUUGGACCCAAUAUUUGCUCAAAUGUGCGAGAGAAUGGUCAGACGGCAGUGCCUCGUAUCUCUUUCCGGCAUUUUUACGGUGGGGCAUGCAACGAGCGUCUUCGAUUAAAUUGGCAGUCGAUCGUUUGUCCAUACCGCUCUACGAUCAAUCGGGAACUAGCAUCGGCGAGGCUGAGGUCAAACAAUUGAGAUAUUAUUCACAACAAUUGGAGUGCAUUACGAACGUUGUGACAAAUCUUGAGAUCGAUGAUAUCGAUUUGACGAAAGAGAGACGCGCUCUCCGUCGCGUAUCAACUUAUCUUCAAGUUUUGCUGUGGUUCUACGACGUCGGUCUCUUGCCAGAAACCCAAGAGAUCGAGGAUGAAAGUACCCUGCCCAUAUCGUUUUCACUUAGAAUACCCUUUCCUUACGAAAGACUCGCUACUAUAUAUCGCGAGAAGCGUAAAGAAUUUGCGAGGGAGAGCACAAAAAACGUGGCAAAAGACGAGGAAGACAUGUUUAUCGACGAACUCGUGACACGCGAAUGUACCGUAUUGAAAUAUCAAUGGGAGCGCGAAGGCGAUGAAUUCAGCGUCGGUGGUUACUAUCCGCCCUCGUCGUUACAAUCACUUUUACGCAGUUAUCUUACGGAUUGUCAAAAUCAUUCGGACGUCAGUGAGAUGGAAAACAAGCAUCAAAUAACGAUAUAUCUUCUGAUGGAUUUGGCAAUGCUGUUGCAAAACUCGUGCCCAAGCGUCAAUCAAUUAAUCAAAUAUCCAUCCGCUUUUAAACUGUCACCGAGUCUGAUCAAACUUACCCAAGCGUUUUGGCUCCUCGAUCACGAAGAUUAUCACGGAUUUUUAGAUAUGAUGACGGGUCAACUUGUCUCGGAUUCGGACGUCAAAGAGUGGCAUCACAAGCUUGUAAUGCGUACUCUCAUUCGCAACAAUCAAAACAAACUGGCGCUUAUUUAUCUAAGAGUUAGAAAACCACCGUUGUCUUCUCUCGAUGAUCAAUCAACCAUGAUAAGUCUCUCGGUCGGACACGGUCUCGUACAAUCGGCGUUCCAUCGACGACCACCCUCGCACUACGCUCAACUUCUUACCAGCUUUUAUCGUGCUUGCAAAAAAUACGAUCGUUUGCACGAUAUACUCCACUUGGUGCUCGAUCCCGAGGAAGAAGAAGUCUUCGUCAAGUUUCUUGAGGACGAAAAAACCGAAGACACACGUUUGUUGUAUUAUCUACAACGUUGUCGUUACGCCGAAGCCAGUAACGUUUUUCCCGUUGGAUCGGGCCUCUUGGCAAGAAGUAAUUAUCAAAGAAACAAUGAACGAUCAGUACCGCUCACGAUAUUCAAUGCUUACAACGCUACGCUCCCGGAUAUAACGAGAAAAUUUUCAGCUCACCUUUCCUCCAAAGGUUCCAACGUCGAAUCUGCUUCGAGGUAUCCCAGACCAAUGUCCCAUUGCAAAAAUCGCCUAAAAACCCGUGACAUGCAUGAGGUCGUUGUAAAAAAAGCUCGUGAAACUUUUUUGCGCCGAGAUCGAUCGCGCAUACCAUUCGUCAGUGCGCCUUGUGUCUACAUCAGCGCACAGUCAACCAACGUUGACACUAAUUCCGUUCUCUUUGUCGAACCUCUCAAAAAAUUCGGUGGAAAACGUUCUCUGGACGAAAUGCGUGGUGAGGAUGGUCAAGCUGUCGAUCGAAACGAUAUCAGGAAACGUCGAAAAAUCGAAGAUUCCACAGAAAAAAUCCAGAUAACAAGCGAAGUCGGUUCGACUAUGGUUUUCGACACACCUCUGGUUAAACGGAAAAAUCAGGCCGCGUGCUCGAGAAGUACACCGAUGGAGACGCCUCAUUCGAUAUUGAAAAUUCGACAAUUAAUACGCGACUCCACGUCGCCCUGCCCAACUGACGGAUCUUCCAAAGAUUUUAUCGAGCAAAAGCUCCACGAGAGAGAACGAAAACCCCGCCAGAUCAGAUUCAGCCUUGGUCAACAACGGGUCAGCACUGAUAAUAACGAUCACGAUGAAAUUACGAACAGCGACGAGAGCGAAUCGAACCUUGUCAAAGGUGAUUAUUUCGAGGCAGAGGAGGAGGAGGAGGAAGAACACGAAGAAGCUUAUGACAGUCCGAAUACCAGUGGAAAAUCGUAUUAUGAUCCUACACUUCUGAGCCCUUCAACCGACCUUUCUAUGAACGUCUCAGGGCCCCGAGCGAGACCCAGUCUUCGGAAAAAUAACGAAUCAACUUUGAGUGAUUUUUCGAAGCGAAUCCUCAAGAAAGGAUCGAACGAUUCUAUGAGAAUAGCGAGUGAAAAAUCAUUCAAUCUGCAUGACACGUCGGCAAACGAUUCGAUUUCUUCGAGUAUGAUAAAGGAUCGUAUUGCUCUCUCAGAAACUAUUUAUACGGAAUCUAUUCUCUCGUCGGACACUAGCUUCGAAUGUUCGUUAUCAACAAGGUGGGCAUCACUGCCAACCAACAAGGCAAAUCAAUUCUCGUAUCCUGAAAAAUCGGAUAAAAACAGCCCCGAGGCAUCAACUUUACCGAUGUGCAGCACGGCGAAAAGUCAACGUUUUCAGAAUUUUGACGAGUCCAUUUCGAAAACGAGCCUGACUGCCCAAACUAACGUUUUUGAUGAGCUCACAAACGACUCUGAUAAGAAUUCUGAAGUUCUCACUGAAGUCGAUGGCUUUGGUCUCGAUCGAGAAUCCACUAAUCAAUCGCCAUUGAAAAAGCCGAUAUGGCAAAUAGAGAAUGUCGAAGUCCCCACGCUCCAAAGUGGCACAGAAACGGCUUCGAUGGUCCACCGGGAAAACUCGGUGAAGGAGAUGGAACAGCAAAAAGAAACGAGUGUCAGCGAGGAUAGAAACGUAGUAAGAAGCAAUGAUCUUCCCGACGAAUCUCUUCAGUCCCGGGUUCGAGAAAACGAGGAAAUUAAGGUGAAUCUUGAAGUAGAGGAGGUACACACCGAAGAUGGUGGAAAGAAAGAGCUCGAAGAGAAUGAAAUUGAUGAAGGAGUCGCCAAAUCGACGGAUGAUUACGAGGAUGAACCGUUGGCUCUUAGAUACGAGGAAGAGACCGGCGACGACAAUGACGACGGAAACGAGGAAGAGGAAGAGAACGACGAAGUAUUUCAGAGUUUAUCAAACAGUCCGGAAAUUGUUUCUGUCGGAUCAAAAUCGUCAUCGGAAAAAUCGAUCGUUACGAUUGAUCGAGAAGAUGAAGUAUUCAAAAAAUUCUCUAAUCCGUUGCACAACAAUGGUUUUUAUGAUGUGCGGAGGAUUUCGAGUGAAGAAACAAACAUAACGGACGAUGAGUCAUCGAGAAGCGCGGAUGGCUCGGUGUUGAUAAUGGGGUCGACAAACGCGAAAACUGACCUCGAUGAAACGGCGUCCGUCGAAAUUUUGGAUACCGUCAUGAACGAAGCUUCGAACAUUACCAACGACGACUCGACGAGUAGCUUUGAUUCUGCCAUUUUCACCGUACCGAGUCACAAACCGAGUCAAAUUUUAUCAACAGGAAGCAGCUCUUUGUACGAGGGUGAAAAUAAAAUAAUCUCCGACGACACCGCCAGCGAAGAUUCCGCGAUAUUUUCCGCCCAACGGCUCCCUACCUCGAUGGGAUCUCAACAAGCUUUGGAUGCGAUGAAGGAGAGCGAAAAUCCGUCGUCCGAUAACGAAGCUCGCGAGAAAACCGAGGAAUCGCCGAAAUUGGAAAAAACAGAAGGAAAAAUGAGAAUUUCAGCUCGUGCUACGAGCGCAAAAGAUCCGAUCGGCGAAGGAGCCGUGACGCCCAAAAAGUCCAUGAGCCCUCCUGUUGUGAAAACAGAAGUUUCGACUCCGUUACGAAUGACUCGAUCGCGACGAGCUUCCUCGGUGGUUCAAGAGCAAUCACCGAUGAUCGAAUCUCCUGUCACGAGAUCGAUCACCGCUGGAAGAACGCGUCGCGCUAGUUCUCUAGCGAAAGAUUUGUUUUCGUCUAUCGUCGAGAAUACGACUGCAACACCGAGCAAACCAGAAUCCAAAUCCACGAGACUUCGAAGGUCAAUUUCUCUUGCGAAAGAACUGACCCCCGUGCAGACUCGUAUAAUAAAGGAAAUUCCGGACCAAGAAGAGACGACGGAAGCAACGCCGAUUGGGCGUCGAACGAGACGGGCCACGUCCAUGCAAAAAGAAGUUUCCCUCCCAGUCAAGCCGAAACUCAAAAGAUCGUCUUCGAAGGUUUCUUUGUCAGAGGAAAGUACCGACGAACCAAAAGAGGACCGGAAAAUCACGAGAGCGAAAAAAACAGCUGCUCCGAGCAAGGACGAAGAAACGGUGCCAAAGAGAUUAACCAGAGCAUCUUCCUUGGUCAAAGAUACGGGGGAUCAGAGUGAUGACCUUACCACGGCGGCAACGGUGACCAAGAGAAGCACAAGAAAACGCGGAAGUUCCGUGCCGAAAGAAACGGUUUCGGUAACUACGACAAAAACGUCUUUACCGCGGUCGAGACGUGGCGGGAGCAUCACCAGGGAGCCUGUAUUGGAAGAACCCAGCGAAGAAGAAGAAAAGCCGAAAAAACGACGAGGAACCUCCCGAUCGAAGGAAGCGACGGAUCUCGAAGGGGCGACAUCUUGGAAUCCGGCAUCCGGCAGCAUCCGCAAUCGUUUGUCUUCGAUAACUUCGAUACCUGAAGAAGUAAAGAAUGAAGAAGACAACGAAUCGGACGAAGAAAUAUUCACUUCGAGAGGAAAAUCUAGAGAAGAUAAAACAAAAAAUACUCGAUUGAGGCGAGCAGCUAGCAUGGAUUCAUCCGUGGCUGGCGUCAAGCGACGAACGCGAACUACUUCCGUACAAUCUUCGAUAAUCGAUGAACCUAUCGAAGAGGAAAUUACAGAAUUUGAAGAUAUUCCUCAAAGUAAAAACAAAUUAGCGACUAAAGCUCCGGGUCGAAGAAAGCGGGCCGCUUCCGUAACAACUUCGAGGGAAAGCGUGGACGAAAGCGAGUUAGAAAAAUUACCGCCAAGGAGGACUAGAAAAUCGUCACUAAAAAGCAACGAUAGCGAAACUUUCCGGUUCUCACCACCUGGCAAAGCGCGUCAUCGACGAGAUGAUCAUGACGAUGAAAAAGGGGAUACAGAAGUGCCUAAUUAUGUGUUUUCGCCGCCACAUACGAGAUCCAAAUACAUCGUUCCUCCACCUUGUAGGAACAUAAGCCGUGAUUCAAUAUCGAUAACGGGAAAAGAAAGCAGGGAAAGCUGCGACAGAAGGAUUUGCUAAUGGACCAUCGCGAUAUCACAUUGUCCGGCGAAACGAGGAGCAGUUAUAUUUUUUAAAAUCUCAGAAAUAUAUUCUCAUUUCUAAAACGUUACGAAUGAUUAACCGAUUACUUAACAGGGUCAAGUCAACGGAAUCACAAAAGGCCAAUAAUAAUUUAGAUAAUUUUUUUGAAUAAAAAAAAUUAAAAUUGAAGAAAAAGAAAAAGGUGCUAAAGAUAGAUAUUCUUUUUUUUCCACAUUUUUUUCCUUAAUUUACUCACUUUUUUCCUGCAUCAUCCGACGAUUGUAAAUAUCUACGGGGCUAUCAAAUCCUUCUGCGUGUUCUACGUUUCGAUGUUUCCCGUUCCUAUUGGUGCUCAUCUGUCUUCAGAAUAAAUUCAGAAGCAGUAUUUUUUCACAAGUAAAAAAAAAAUCAAUGUAACAAUAAUUUGCUAGCAUCGUUGAUUUCUUGAAAGUUAAAUUGAAAAUCUUGUCUCACCACGGUUUAAAUAUUUGUAAAUUUCUCAUCCUUGUACUUUAGCGUUUGUUUUAUGCGAGAUUAUAUUUAUCAAAAUAACUUUUCGUCUAAGAAAAACUUCAGUUCUGAGCGUCAUAAUGCAACUCAUAUUUUUUUCGUGUAAUGAUAGCAUACUUAGUAUAAACAACAUUAUCGGUCACGAUAAACGUCGAGAUUUUUUCUUAUUUCGACUGAAAAUUUAACAAACUCACGGACUUAAAAAUUUUAACUUUAACUUGACAAUCAAUUUUUUUUUUCUCCAAUCAAGAAAAGAUUGUUCACCUUUAAUUUAUACGAUUUUUGAAUUUGUAAGAAUCUAUUCAUGCGUCAAAAGUAGUUUUUCGGGAAAGUUUUUGAUUGCGUCAAAACUUCAGAUAUCCAUCAAAAAUUACAUUCACAUUGAUCAGUUGCCCCCGGGUGGUCUCGUUGAAAAUUGUUGAUUACUAAAUUCUCAAAUUUUUUUUGUACAAAAAUCGUUUUGCCAUAGAUCAUAUCGUACCCAAAUGAUCCACCUUUGAACACCGAUGGAUCGACCAUUAUGCUGAAUGUUUCUCCAAAUAUUUGGCCCACCAUCGACUCCGCAUAUUAUCGUUUCGCGAUGCUCACAUACAGAAUUCGGGAAAAAAUACUUGUACCAUGAAGUUUGUAAAUAAUUUAUUAAUAGGCUCAUGUAUAAUUGUAUCAAUACACAAUAAACGUAUAUGAAAAUUCGUGUAAAAACA